UAGGAAAUCAACAUAAGUUUGUUAUUUCAUAAUAUUUGUGAUUAAUACUUGUGCUAUGGACCUAUGGUCAAGUGCAAGAUAUUUUAGUUAAUGUUGUCAAAAACAGCAAUCUAUGCGUAACAUCUGAUAGAUUACACCAAAAUGAUCCUCUGUUUUUUAACGUCCAUAAUAAUAAUAGUUCUGAUUUUGGAUAAGGAACGUCCAAAAAGAAACUGAAGAUUUGUUAGGGUGUAAAUCAUGAAACUGCUGCAGUUUUUUUUAGUAAUUGUAUACAUAAAAAUAGAGAGAGACAGGAGGGACGAGAAAGCAGGAGUACCAACGAUGGGAUCUUCCAUUAUAAAAGAGACCCAAAAAUAGUUUGGGACAGAAAAUUUGAAAGAACACAAGUCAAAACCAAUAAACUUUUAACGGGGGAGAGAUGAUUUGCGGCGGUGCUUUGGCACGUAUUGCUUCCGGCUUAACCGCCUUCCUCCUCCUCGCCGUCGUUCACAGCGAGGGCAAGUGCAGCAAAACGUGCAUUGUACAGAACUGCAACAGUCUCAUCAUUCGAUAUGGGAAGUAUUGUGGGAUAGGUUACUUUGGAUGUCCUGGAGAGAAACCUUGUGAUGAUCUUGAUGCUUGUUGUAUGACACAUGACAAUUGUGUUGAUCUAAAAGGUAUGACUUACGUUAACUGUCACAAGCAGUUCAAACGUUGCNGUUUUUUAACGUCCAUAAUAAUAAUAGUUCUGAUUUUGGAUAAGGAACGUCCAAAAAGAAACUGA